GUCUGCGUAGUGCGCGAACAGCAGUCGUGAGAUCUUCUGGAAGGAAGGAGGCUCAAUGAGGAAGAUGAGGAACGGUCGCAGAUAUUAGACCCGCGUGAGGAAACCGUCAAUUUCCUGACCAUCACAUCCCGAGAAAAAAAUCCCGCAUAAUAACCGCUAGAUCAGCGCCAAAAUGGGGAAUCGCGUGGCGCGCGAGGAUUUCGAGUGGGUUUACACGGACCAGCCGCACGCCGACCGGAGGAAAGAGAUUCUGGCUAAAUACCCAGAGAUCAAGUCUCUGAUGGGCCCUGACCCCAGGCUCAAAUGGAUAGUCUGCACGAUGGUCGCCGUCCAGUUUUUGGCCUUCUACCUGGUGAAGGAUCUGUCCUGGAAAUGGGUGUUUUUCUGGACAUAUGCAUUUGGGAGUUGCAUAAACCAUUCAAUGACACUAGCCAUCCACGAGAUCUCUCACAACACCGCUUUCGGCAAUAACCGAGCCAAGUGGAACCGUUGGUUCGCCAUUUUCGCCAAUCUGCCUAUAGGAUUACCGUACUCUGCUUCUUUUAAACGCUACCAUCUGGACCACCACCGCUACUUAGGUGGAGAUGGUGUGGACGUGGACAUCCCCACUGACUUUGAGGGCUGGUUUUUUUGCACGCGUAUACGCAAGCUGUUCUGGAUCAUGUUCCAGCCACUGUUUUACGCCAUCCGGCCACUCUGCAUCAACCCAAAACCCAUCAGCCAGCUGGAGCUCCUGAACGUGGCCAUCCAGCUGUCCUUCAACGCGCUCCUCUACUGGAGCUGGGGGGCCAAACCUGUGGUCUACAUGAUGAUGGGCUCGAUGCUGGGCAUGGGGCUCCAUCCCAUCUCAGGACACUUCAUCGCUGAACAUUACAUGUUCCUCAAAGGCCACGAGACCUACUCUUACUACGGCUCUCUGAACCUGCUGACGUUCAACGUCGGCUACCACAACGAGCAUCACGACUUCCCUAGUAUUCCUGGACGACGACUGCCAAUGGUGAAGGAGAUCGCAUCAGAGUACUACAGAGAUCUGCCGUGCUACAGCUCAUGGAUAACAGUGCUGUACGACUUCAUCAUGGACGACCAGUUGAGUCCGUAUUCACGAGUCAAGCGAAAACUCAUCGGAGACGUCAAGCAGGAGUGACUGAACACACACUCCGGUACCACACAGGCUUUUAGCAAACACCUCAUUCAUUUUAAAGCUUCACCAAACCCUCUGAGACUCUCAUUACUGCAGCAGGAGUCAUUUCCUGCUCUACAGUCUUUUAUUUACGCUGUGUAUGAGUGAACAGGUCAUGUUCAGUGUUCAUCACAGCGUCCUCUAUAAUACAGCACGCUCAUCUUCAGGAGGAAAUCAGUGUGUUUUUACAGUACCUGUAGAAUGCUGAUAGAGCGAGCGAGCGCAGUGUGUGUGUUCAUUAUUUAACAUUUAGAAUUGCUUUUAUAAUUGACGUCGACUAAAAACAGCUUUACUGAUCUGGAGUCUGAAUGUUACCAAUGUUAAUAUAAAUAAAUCUCUAUAUUCUCUACA